AUGCUUCCACUCCCGCCGCAUUUCCACCCGCUUCAGGCGCUCUGGCCGUCGCUCUUCACCCCCUCCGCGCUCUCGCUGCCGUCGCAGCAGCUCGCCGAAUCCCUUUUCGACGUCGCAGGCUUCGCCGUCUUCGCGACUCUCUACGCGUUCGCGAUCUCGUUCGCCUUCCCAUGCCCCCCGCAUCAGCCGCUCAUGCUAGGCAAAAGGUCUCCGCAAAUGAAAAGGUACAUGAAAUUUGCAGGAGCGGUGGGGGUGCUCUGGCCGCUCGCCCUGAUAGCAUCCGGUUACUACCUCUGGAAGAGCAUACCCGAAUUCACCUGGGCUCUCUCCCUCGCCCUCCCUGACAUGCUGCUGCUUGUCAUCCAGAUCGUUUCAGAAGGAGUAACUGCGGCAACAAAGCAAUCAUUACCAGUCAAAGCUCUCGUACCCCCUCUAUACAACGCUCGCCGCAUGUUCUCUCUCUACAAGUGGCUGUCGCACUCUGCUGCUGCCGUCCUCCCCCUCAUGGCCUCAAGCACUGCGAGGGCAGGCGGCAGCAGCUUGUGGCGGCUGGUGUGGCUGGGGAACCUAGUAGCAUGCGCAGCUGUGAACUACCUGCUGUGGGCCUACAACGUGUUCUGCUUCCUGCUGCCCACCGUCGUGCCCCGCAUCUUCGAGCAAGACAUUGCCUCCCGCGCAGCAUCAGCUAGUGCCACGGCCAAGGUGGAGGCAGAGGGAACAAGGGAUGGUGGCAGUGGUGCUAGUAAAGGAAAGAAAGGUGCCAAGGGUCUGUGA